AAAAAAAAAAAAAAAAAAAAAAAAAAAAAGGAUUUAAGCAAAAAGCCUCGAAGAAAAAGCGUGCCAUAAGAAAAUUGGCGUUUAGCUUCGAUUUUCGCUUUUAAAUUAAGUGAAGCCAUAAAAGUGCGCUUUUACAUUAACUAAAAAAAUUGUAUAUAUUAAUUAUUGGGAAUCGAGGUAUAGAACUGUGAAAACAAGAUAAUUCAAAAUGCCAGAUGAUGAUCCGGAAAAAGGUGAACAACCACAAUAUAAUAUCGGAUCAACCGAAGAGUAUAUAUUAACCGAAGUUGAAAAACAUUUUAUUUUGGCUGCUGAACGCGGUGACAUCGCUGGUGUAAAAAAAAUAAUCGAGGAUAAUGAGGGUAAUCCAGAUCGUUUUAAUAUUAAUUGUGUCGAUCCUAUGAAUCGUUCAGCACUGAUAUCGGCUAUCGAAAAUGAAAAUAUCGACUUAAUAGAUUUAUUAUUGGAGAAAAAUAUACAAGUAGGCGAUGCCCUAUUGCAUGCUAUAUCUGAGGAAUAUGUUGAAGCAGUCGAACUACUUUUACACUGGGAAGAAACUCAUCACAAAGAAGGCCAACCUUAUAGCUGGGAAGCAAUUGAUUCAUCGAAAGCAACAUUUACGACAGACAUUACCCCCUUGAUAUUGGCUGCACAUCGUAACAAUUACGAAAUUUUAAAAUUAUUACUAGAUCGUGGUGCUACACUUCCUAUGCCACAUGAUGUAAAAUGCGGUUGUGACGAGUGCGUGACAUCGCAAGAAGCGGAUUCUCUACGUUAUUCGCAAGCACGUAUUAAUGCGUAUCGUGCUCUAUCCGCCAGCUCAUUAAUAUCAUUAAGUUCGCGCGAUCCCGUAUUAACGGCAUUUGAAUUGUCUUGGGAAUUGAAGCGUCUGCAAGCCAUGGAGUCUGAGUUUCGUGCUGAAUAUGCGGAAAUGCGUGCGGCAGUACAAGAAUUUGUUUCUUCAUUAUUGGACCAUGUGAGGACAUCUAAUGAAUUGGAAAUAAUGUUAAACUAUAAUCAUGAACCGUCGAAUGAUAUUUGGGCUCCCGGACAAAGACAAACUUUGGAGCGUUUAAAAUUGGCCAUAAAGUAUAAGCAGAAAACGUUUGUGGCCCAUCCCAACGUUCAACAGUUAUUGGCCGCAAUUUGGUAUGAAGGUCUGCCAGGCUUCAGACGCAAACAAAUGUCUCAACAGGUGAUGGAAGUCGCAAAGUUAGGCUGCAUGUUUCCCAUCAACAGUAUGAAUUAUCUUAUGGCUCCCGAUUCGGAUGCGGGAAAAUUUAUGCGAAAACCUUUCGUUAAAUUUAUAUCACACUCAUCUUCAUAUAUGUUUUUCUUGUUUCUAUUGGGUGCGGCUUCAUUGCGCGUUGUUCAGCUAACCUUCGAAUUGUUGGCAUUUCCAUGGAUGUUGGCCAUGCUGGAAGAUUGGCGUAAACAUGAACGCGGUUCUUUACCGGGGCCUAUCGAAUUGGGCAUAAUAACCUAUAUAUCAAGUUUAAUUUUUGGCGAACUUAAAGCAUUGUAUAGCGAUGGUUUGUUUGACUAUAUAACCGAUUUAUGGAACAUUGUCGAUUUCAUAUCAAAUAUGUUUUAUGUGACUUGGAUUUUGUGUAGAGCCACCGCUUGGAUUAUAGUGCACCGUGAUUUAUGGUACCGCAACAUUGAUCCAUAUUUCCCUAGAGAGCACUGGCAUCCCUUUGAUCCGAUGUUGUUAUCAGAAGGUGCUUUUGCCGCCGGCAUGGUAUUCUCGUAUCUUAAAUUAGUUCACAUAUUCUCCAUUAAUCCUCACUUGGGUCCCUUACAAGUUUCUUUGGGUCGCAUGAUUAUCGAUAUUAUAAAAUUUUUCUUUAUUUACACUUUGGUCUUGUUCGCUUUCGGUUGUGGACUAAAUCAGUUGCUCUGGUAUUAUGCCGAAUUGGAAAAAAAUAAAUGCUAUCAUCUGCAUCCCGAUGUUCCCGAUUUUGAUGAUCAGGAAAAAGCAUGCACUAUAUGGAGACGAUUUUCAAGCUUAUUUGAAACGUCACAAUCACUAUUUUGGGCUUCAUUCGGUUUAGUGGACUUGGUUUCUUUCGAUUUGGCCGGCAUUAAGAGUUUCACACGAUUCUGGGCUUUACUUAUGUUCGGUGCAUAUUCGGUGAUUAAUGUUAUUGUACUACUAAACAUGCUUAUUGCCAUGAUGUCCAAUUCAUAUCAAUUGAUUUCGGAGCAUUCGGACGUUGAAUGGAAAUUCGCCCGCUCACAAUUAUGGAUGAGCUAUUUUGAAGAUGGUGGAACUGUACCGCCACCGUUCAAUAUUAUGCCAUCUGUGAAGCUUUUGCGUAAAACAUUUGGCAAACACAAACCUAAGCGUACGAGAAGUUUUAUGCGCAAAUCAAAGGAGAAAGCACAAGAUUUACAUGAAAAAGUCAUGAAACUCUUGAUACGACGUUAUGUCACUGCCGAACAGAGGCGUCGUGAUGAUUUCGCUAUUACUGAGGAUGACAUCAUCGAAGUGCGUCAAGAUAUUAGCUCAUUGCGUUUCGAAUUGUUGGACAUUUUUCAAAAUAAUCGAUUUGAUGUACCGGAUAUUGAAAGGAAAACAGCGGCUGCUGGCACUAAAAAAGGUAAAGUUAUGGAGCGACGCAUCCUUAAAGAUUUCCAAAUUGGUUUUGUUGAAAAUCUGAAACAAGAAAUGGACGAUACUGCAGAGACAGAUCGCGAUAUCUUCUCCUCGUUGGCUAGAGUUAUUGGCAAAAAGAAGGGAGAAAAAGAUUGGAAUGCCAUUGCGCGUAAAAAUACUGUCAGUGCAGACCCGAUUGGCAGUAAACGUUCUUCAAUGCAACGCCAUAGUCAACGUAGUUUAAGGCGUAAAAUUAUCGACGAGGCUAACGAAGGCCUGAAAAUGAACCAAAAUCAAUUGAUAGAAUACAAUCCAAACUUGGGAGAAGUAACACGAGCCACACGCGUUGCUUACGUAAAAUUCAUGAAAAGGAAAAUGGCCGCCGAAGAAGAUGUACCCCUACCGGAGCCAAGUGUUAGUACUGAAAAUGAAAAACCCAAACCUAACUUUACGGCCACUUUAAGACGACUCGAAUCCAAAAAAGACGGUGAUCCUAAUGCUGCGCCAGCCGACAAUAAAGAGCCUCCUAAAGAGGCUUCUAAAGAAGCUACUAAAGAGCCUCCCAAAGCUACGGAUAAGAAAGCAGAAACCUCAAAAGCACCACCCGUACCGCCGAAAACGUCAGAUGCUAAGGCGACUGAUAAUAAACCUGCUGCCCCAGCUCCGCCAGCAAAUGCUCCUGCCAAACCCAAUGUCGCUAAGCCUGAUGCGGCUACUAAACCCGACGCUGCCGAUAAGAAAAGUGAAGAGAAGAAAACGGAUGCCGCUAAGCCGGAUGCUAAAUCAACUGCGACAGCUUCUAAAGGUGCUGCGCCUGCUGCUCCCAGUGGAGAAAAGCCAGAAACAGCUCCAAAAGGUGCAGCUGAAGCUGCCAAAACCGCUUCUACUGAUGCGACAAAAGCUAACGAUGGUGGUGGUCAAAAAACAGAUGAUAAAAAAUCAGAAGAAGCUAAGAAACCCGAUGAAAAGAAGCCGGAUGAUAAAAAGCCGGACGAUAAGAAACCGGACGACAAGAAACCCGAUGCGAAAAAGCCAGACGAUACAAAGCCAGGUGAUAAACAACCAGACGACAAAAAAACCGAUGAGAAAAAACCUGAAGGCGCCGAUAAGAAACCUGCACCCGCAAAACCCGCUAUUAAGGUGGGUCAAAGUAGCGCCGCGGCAGGUGGAGAUCGUGGCAAAUCUACAGUAACCGGCCGCAUGAUAUCUGGCUGGCUUUAAGCAAAUUAAAGAAAUGAUAAUAAUAUUAUAAUAAC